AAAACCGCGUCGGUAUAGAAAAGACGAUAUAAUAAACAAGGAGGGGAGAGCGAGACUGCAUUCACCUGGAGAGCGAAGAAGCGGAAGCGCAAUGGAUACCAACAUCGUCGGUGACCAGAUCCCGAGCCCCCGUGGAUACGCCCUCAGCGGCAAGGUCAUGCUCAUCUCCACCGUCGUCCUCUUCGGGGCCGUCCUCCUCCUCCUCGCCCUCCACCUCUACCUUCGCUCGCGCUUCCUCCUCCUCCGCCAGCGUCACCGCCGCAUCAGGCGACGCCUCGUCUUGGCCCACGACGGUGCCGGUAGAGCUUUUCCCGCCGCGCCCUCCUCCCGCGGACUCGAUCCCUCCGUCGUCAAGUCCCUCCCCUUGCGCAUCUCCGCCGGCAGCGAGGAGGAAGCAGAGGACUGCGCGGUAUGCCUUAGCAACUUCGAGGAGGGCGAGAAGAUGCGCGUUCUUCCGCGGUGUGCCCAUCGCUUCCACAUCGACUGCAUCGACAUGUGGUUCCAUUCCCACUCCAGCUGCCCCCUCUGCCGCUCCACCGUGGAGGCGCAUCCCGUGAUGCCACCAGCGCUAUCGCCUCCGGAGCCGGAUCGGCCAUCGUCGGCGGGUCUGUGCCCCGGGAGCUGGAGAGGGGUGGGUAUGGGGUCGCCGGGAUCUGCCUCGCGGGAGAUCAGGAUCGACGUGCCAGAGAGGGGAUUGGAGGAGGACGAGCUAGGGUUAGGGUUGAAGUCGCCGGGGAGCCGGAUGAUUUUGCUGGUGAAGUUUCUUAAUAGGGAUUCCAGGUUUUUCCGAAGCGGUGGCACGACGGAAGAAUCGUCAGAACUAGAGAACGGAGAAGGGCCAGCGAGUCACCCACCGCGGCCGCCGCCUUCGUCGGCACAAUAGCCGCCGGUUCCGGAGGAGGUGCGGCGGAAUGGUAAUCGUGUAAUAAAAGGCUACUCUUCAGGAGUUGUUCAAUGUAGCGUAGACAGUAUAGAUGACUUUUCUUUUUCUUUUUUUCCUUUUUGAUAAUUGUCAAGGUACAGAAUUUUGUUAAACCCUUGUAUUGUUAAUUAAGGAAAUACUCCAAUGCUUUGUAUUUUGAA